CGCUGAGCAAAGUAUCGCUGCGGUUGCGGUAAAAACUUGAUUUCAUAUGCCGACAAACAUACGUACAUAGUAUGAUCUUACUCUGGAUCUUUCUGACUUCAAACUUAAAAGAAGAUUUCUAAAAAAAAAUCUUUUAAGUUUCCUACAAGGCGUUCUCUAUGCAUUAAAGAAACACGUCUGAAGAAACACAUCAGCAUUUUCAACCAAAUUAUUGUAGGCCUCUACUACGCCACUAAUUAAUCACCAAAAACUUUAUUUACUAAUAUUCCAUUUGUUUCGGUGAGAUGCUGUGAGUGCAACUGACCUUAACCAUUGACAAAAACAUAGUGCAGAAAUGUGUUUUCCCGUGAAGACAGAUGCCGUUAGUGCUUCAAUAAGCAUAUGCACAAGCCGUUGAAAAUGUGACUCAACAUUUUCGAAACGCUAAACCGCAUGAACAUUUGCGGCUGUUGCACACGCGGGACUCCAGUUCAAGGCGCCAGGCAACACAGUCAGUCCCUACAAAUGCGCAUGUCAUUGCGACUGCAACGUAUAAAUUCAAUUCACGCUCAACAAAGCUGGUAAUCUCAUUUUGCGUAGCGCGUCAAACGCAUUGUCUCCAGACAAUAAGAAGGUACACUGAAGAAAAAAUCCACAUCAAUAUGCAACAGCAACUUUUACUUGUUCUCAUCGCCAGCUUUGCUACAUGUCGGGCUGGCCUAUUGGCCUUGUCACCAGAAGAUUUCCAGCAAGCGGGUGACAUUAAAAUCGCCACCAUUGUGCAUAACGCACCCUCGGCCGUCUCGCACACCACAUUCACACGUGUGCAUAACCAUCGUGACAGCAGCCAGACCACGCUGCCACAACUCGCCAGCACAGCUGCCACACAAACGACGGAGGUGCAUCAGCCGAAGCCGUCCGUUGCCAGCCAACCCGUCUACACGUCGCAACAGUUGAGUGUCUUCCCAACGACAAUUAUAAAGCAUGAAUUGCCAAAAGCUCCGUUGCUAGACAGUGCUGCGGCUACAGCCGCAGCGGGCAACGGUGGAACGCCAAUCAUCAACUCAUUGACACAUACGCCGGCACAUUUGGCCUACUCUGCACGGCCCGUGGUGUAUCAGACGCUUCCGGAAAUAAAGCCGGUGCGAAAAAUUAGUUUUGAGGAAUCAGUGCCUAGUCCAAGGAAUAAGCAAUACUACGGUACCCAUAAGCAUUGA